UUACUAUGAAUACGAAAUAAGCGCGGUUGGGGAGGUCACCGACAUCGAAUUGAUAGAGCCCAAACCGUGGUUUAACGAUCCUGUGCGUUAUCAGUUCCGCCACCCACCUUACCCCACCCACGGUAUCUGCCACAGGUACACACCUUUUCAUCACGGAUUCUUAUUAUAGUUGAUCGCCAUCUAGGGAAGUCUAUAGACGCAGCCGAACGCCAUCACUGUUCACACUGGGACUGCAUAUUUAAACUGCCAUUCUAUUAACUGAGUCUGACUUUUCGUGUCAAAAUGGCUACUACCACCACAGUCACGACCACUGUCGUGAAGCCAUUGCGGCUGAUUGGUUUUAUCUCGUCGAUUAUAGCCUUUCCGUUGCUGUUGGCGGCAUGUAUCGGUGAUUACUGGAUGGAAGCCAGGGGAUUCUACAUGGGACUCUGGGAUGAAUGUUAUAAUGGCACUCGUGUAUUAGAGCCCACGCCUCCGCCGUAUGGCUACGACCCAGAAAUACACUGUUACGACGCCGUCGAGGAAGCAUGGUUACUAGCGGUGAGGGCGCUUGUUAUAAUAUGUAUUCUCUGCGAUGUGGCUGCGAUAGUUAUUGCAAUCGUGGGAUACUUCUUGAAGAUGAACCUCCUUUACAGAGUUGCGGCAAUUGUGUUGUUUUUUGGCGGUCUUUGUCUUCUGAUAUCCGUUAUUGUAUUUCCAAGUAUGUUUAUGCAGAGCGAUGUGGUGCUGUAUCGAGGUGAUUGGGAGCUUGGGUGGUGCUACGGUGUGGCUUGGGGAGCACUUUUCUUUAUCGUCGCUGCGGGCAUCCUUCUGUUGUGUGACGAUAACAAGGAAAUAUACCACGAUGAGCGCGUCUACUACACAGACGCCUAAAGACGCAGCGUACGCCGCUUUCUCGCGCUGUGUGAAAUCGCGCGAUAUCUGCUGCGCGUGUGGUGAAAAGAGUACAGAACAUUAACGAUUUCAGGUUUGAAUAAAAAUACGAGGGUACAGAAUAAGACAUAGCCACCUACUAUUUUUUACUCGGGAAUCGAUUUCUGCAGCGAUUAUCAUGUUUAGCUUCACUAAACUUUGUAUAUAUGUUGAUUUUAAUUCGCAGUCUUUGAGCCUGUACGCAAAUGAGUUUGACUACAUUGUACAUGGUAGUGGAAUGAUGUUAUUAUUAGUGUCCAUACUAAUUGAUAAUAGGAACAUAUUCCAUAUGUACUCUCAGUAAGCAACAUGAUUCUAUUCGGCAUUAAUGGGGUUUAGAUAUUUAGUUAAACAUUAAAAUUAGGUAAGAAGAAAACACUAUUUCUGAGUGAUAAGUGCGAUUUUUUUUUCGUGGCCCAAAAGCGUCACGGUAAUCGGUUCGCGUCGUGUUCGAUACAGAUCCCGUAGGUCGUGUCAAAGCAUUGUUUAUUUACGCGAAAAUCGAACGCGGGCGACUAUGACUCUUUGAAUUAGCGUAAAAAGUUGAAACAACCUCAGUAUAGUUACAAAAAAGGUGAGAGCAUUAUGGUCUUAGAUUGUUAUGCAUUUUAUAUUUAUUCCCUCAUUUUCGGCGUUUCUUUGUUUGUUUUUUCAGUGUGUUGCUACAAAAUUUAGUAAAUUAAACAAAUCGCAGUAUUUUACAAUAAGACUUUCCAUAAUACAUUUCAACACUUUUUUUUUUAAUAUUAUGCAUAGUAUUUGAGUUGAACAUGGAUAGAAUUACUGUAUUUUUGAUAAAUUGCUCCAGUGUUUUACCAUGCACGUCGUGGGCGCGAGAGAUUCUAGUUGAAGUUAUUUAGGACUACGAUUACCAAAUAUUAUCUUCAAUAUAUCUAGUUGAAGUAAAAUGUACAUAGGGUUCUGUGUAAUGUAAUAGACGUGCCCCGUCGGUUAUUGCGCCAACUAUGGCAGAUUAACUGCGGCCGAGUGAGUCGGUCGGCGAGGGCGCAAUAACUAUCGCCGUCGAGGGUACGUCUAUUCAGCAAGUGACCAUACCAGCUCGUGUUUCACCUCAGUCCGUAAGCAUAGUAGUGAGCUGUGAUUGAAAACUAGCUGUUAAAAGGAUGUCAGAUAAUUAUAUGGAUUGAUUUACUACAGCUGGUACCCUGUUUUGUUUCCUCUGCUCUGUUAUACAAAAACCUCAAUCCUGAUUUCAAUACGUGAAUGUAUUACCCACAUUACUCGUAGUACACUUACACUUUUGUUUGAAUGGAUAUGAAACGUUCGUCAUUCUUUUUUUUUUUUGGAAAAUACGAAAACUAUAGAAUGCCCGAUGAUUGUAAAGAGUAGAGCUGUCAUAGUUUCUGUUCUUGAAUAUAUCUGUUUCUUUUUUAUAUAGAAUAAUUUUCUGUUUUUAUUGAAUAUUCAAAUCAUUGUUUUUAAAAUUUUUAGUUUAGGUUUAGGUUUAUUUCGAUUAUUUUUACAUUUUACCUGUUCUAUUUUGCAUUCAAAAUAAAUUGAUCUUGAUGCA